AUGUCGACCGCCACAGAAGACCAGGUAAAGUCCGAGGCUCAAGGCAAGGACGUACCCGAGGAGGAGGUCAAGGAGGUCGUCGAGAUUGCCAAGAAGGCCCGGAUCGCCCAGCAGGCCGCAGACACCUUCAAGGACCUGGCCACAAAGGCGCUGGACCCGGCUGAGCGAGAAAAGUACCUGCGCGAGGCGCACGCCAAGGAGGUCGAGGCCCACGGUCACAGCAAAAAGGCGCGCUUCCUGGCCAGCGGCUGGGGUCAGGGCGCCAUGGCCGGCGGAGGCAUGGGUGCCGCCCUCGGAGGAGGUCUAGGCACCGUCGUCGGUACCCUCGUGGGUGGUAUCGUCUCCAUACCCACCAGCGCUCUUGGAGCCCUCGGCGGCACCGCGGCCGGUGCCAUCAAGGGCCCCUUUGUCAAGCUGCCUGGCAUGGGCAGCAGCGACAAGGACAAGGCUGGCGCUGAAGGGGAGGUAAAAGAGGGCGAGGAAGGCGAGGAGGGAUUCUCUGAGGAGGACGAGGCUGGUCACCAGGCCGUCCUCAAAGCGGCCGAACAGGCCGAAGAGCUGGAGAAAUCAGAGGAAAAGAAAGACCAAAGCUGA